AUGGCGUCCAAGUCCAAGACAGUGCUGGUGCAGCCCAUUAACGUCAUCUUCAAGCACCUCCAGCAAGGGACCCGCGUGCAGUUGUGGCUGUUCGACAAUCUUGAGCAGAGGCUGGAGGGCAAGAUCUUGGGCUUCGACGAGUUCAUGAACAUCGUGCUGGAUGACGCAGAAGAGGUUUGGGUCAAGGACACGAAGACGAAGAAGACUGGAGACCGUCAACAACUCGGCCGGCUACUGCUCAAGGGGGAGAACAUCACGCUCAUCAGUCCGGUGCCGAGCCCGAGGGCAUGA